CUGAAGCCUCCUGUGCUGAGCAUCCAUGGAGAACAAAAAGGAGGAGAAAAAUGAUUCAAACAUCGAUGAUAAGCCAGAAAUCAACUAUGCAGGAAUCAAAGCUAUGCCUUUUAUAAUUGGAAAUGAGAGUUUUGAGAAGCUUGGCACCAUAGGUUCUUCACAAAACCUUGUGGUGUAUCUAACAACAGUUUUUAACAUGAAGAGCGUGAAGGCCACAACCUUUAUAAACGUCUUCAACGGCACUGCAAGUAUAGCCACCUUAGUUGGAGCCUUCCUUUCUGAUACUUAUUUUGGACGUUACAACUCUCUGGGUUUUGCUUCUGUUGCUUCUUUCUUGGGAAUGCUUGUUCUAAUGCUAACAGCAGCAAUCCCCAAUCUUCAUCCUCCAAAAUGUGCAGCAGGGGAGAGCAACAGCAACUGUAUCAGCCCAACUCCGUGGCAAUUUGCUUUUCUACUAAGUGCAUUUGGGUUCUUAGUCAUUGGAGCUGGUGGCAUUAGGCCUUGCAAUUUAGCCUUUGGGGCUGACCAAUUCAAUCCCAAUACAGAAUCAGGCAAAAAGGGUAUUAGUAGUUUUGUCAAUUGGUACUUUAUCACCUACACAGUUGCAGUUAUGGUAUCUGCCACUGCUAUUGUCUAUGUGCAAUCAGAUGUUAGUUGGGCUAUUGGUUUGGCUAUUCCUGCAUUUCUUAUGUUCCUUUCUUGUACUGUUUUCUUUCUGGGAACAAGAAUUUAUGUUAUUGUUAAACCUCAAGGUAGUCCCUUGACUAGUGUAGCUCAAGUACUUGUAGCUGCUGCGAAGAAGCAAUCCUUGAAGCUUCCUCAAAAUCCAGCAGCUUCUCUUUUCAAUUUCAUUCCUUCCAAAUCUUUAAACUCCAAGCUUCCACAUACAAACCAGUUCAGGUUCCUUGACAAGGCAGCAAUUAUCACAAGCGACAGCGAAAUCAACUUAGAUGGGUCUGCUAAGAAUCCAUGGAGACUUUGCAGCAUUCAACAAGUUGAAGAAGUGAAAUGUUGGGUAAGAAUAUUUCCCUUAUGGGCAUCAGCUAUAAUAUUCCAUCUUCCUUUGAUUCAACAACAGACAUAUCCAGUUCUACAAGCUCUUCAGCUAGACAGAAGAUUAGGCACUAGUGGUUUUAAGAUACCUGCUGCUACUUAUACAAUCUUUACUAUGCUAACUCUCACCGUUUGGAUUCCUAUCUACGACCGGAUUGUCGUUCCAUAUCUUCAAAGACUCACUGGCAAAGAAGGUGGAUUCACAUUACUUCAAAGAAUGGGAAUUGGAAUUAUUCUUUCAAUUCUUUGUAUGCUGGUUUCUGGUUUAGUUGAAGAACAUAGAAGAAAUCUGGCAUUUAACAAGCCUACACUUGGGAUUGCACAAAAAGGAGGUAAAAUUUCAUCAAUAUCUGGUAUGUGGUUAGUACCUCAACUAGCAAUUUCAGGAUUAGCAGAGGGUUUCAAUUAUGUUGCUCAAAUUGAGUUUUACUAUAAGCAAUUCCCAGAAAAUAUGAGGAGUAUCGCUCAAUCUUUCUUCUUUGCUAGCCAGGCAAUCUCAAGCUAUUUAAGUGGGUUUCUUGUUUCUAUAGUUCAUCAAAUUACUUCAGGGACCGCAACUGGAGAUUGGCUAGCUGAGGAUCUUAAUGAGGGGAAGUUGGAUUAUUUUUAUUACAUGAUUGGUGUGUUUGAGAUCGUUAACUUAAUGUAUUUUCUAGUAUGUGCUAAGUGGUAUAGAUACACAGGAGUUGAUGAUACAUCAGUUGAACUGGCCAAGGGAACCAAGGAAUCCCAGAAGCAAAUUGUCUGAAUUGGAAUGUUUGAAUGGAAUUAUACAAUUACUUAA